AUGGAGUGGCGCCAUAAGAUCCCGGGGCUCGAACGGUCGAACCACGCCUCGCCGACCCGUGCACACUGCAACAGCGAUACUCCAGGCUCCACAAGGCCUGCCGUCUUCACAACUCCAGAGUCCACAGAUCCCAUUGCCUUCCGCCAUACGUAUCGUACCGUACCGGUGCCGGAGAGUCGGAGACUGCACGUAUCAUAUUGUGCGGCAGAAGGGUACGGCAACUACACGGUCGUUCUCGCCGGGGGGAAGUGGAAGGGGGCAAACCGGGACAGUGUGGACGAUCAGUCCUUUAUGACCGGUAUUCCCCACCGGAUCGGCUCUAUACCAAUGAAAUCCACUAGAAUCUCGUCUUUUUCAUACGAGCGUGCCGACAACAUGCGAGCGAGGGAGCAAGGAGGAGGGGGCGGGGGGGCGGAUGGCGGGUGGUGGCAUAUACUUGGUUACUCCGUCUACCGGCGAUGCAGUGUGCUCUUCAUGGCAAGGGAAGCCGCGCAACAACGAACGACGAACGGCAAAAGUGGCUCACUCGUUCCAUUCAGCCGGUCACCGGAUGUUGGUCGCACAAAAAGGAUCACGAACCCCCGCCCCGCCCCGCAGAUCCGCAGCCCCAGAUAUUACACGGUGCAGUCACACUUAUCACUCGGCCAAUUGCCGCCCAUCGUUUGCAUGCCGCCCUCGGCUGGGAUGUACUAUCCAUGAUUAAACAAAACAAAAAGGCUGGAAUACAAGUACUACGCUCGUACAUUGCCAUGAUCUAUAGUAGUAGACAUGUCGCAUGCAAUUAAAGAUCAAGCAAAAACAGAAGGAAGGGCGGAACUACCUGUACAGAUAAAGUGGGGCACUCUACAUACACACAUAUGCA